AAUAAAUAGUUCGCGAUAAAAUUGACCGAUCUCCGUUUAUUUGCGCGGAACAAUGUACACUCGGUUUGAAAAUGUGACCGAUUCAGCGAGAGAAUAAACAAUGCAUGACCAAUAUGUCAUGUUGUUGCUCGCAACAGCUGAUCGUUACGGCACACGUAAUCAUGUAAUAUUGAUUAACGAGCAAGAUUAUUAUUCGCAAUUAUUGCGACGGGAGAGACGAUCGAAGAUUUUUUUCAAGAGGAGCGCGUGAAAGUUCGAAGUCAUCAAAUCUGAAAGGAUUAAAUUCCGCAUUCGUGACGAGACAAAUUCGACGAGACGGAAUCGAUUCUUUGACGAUCGAUCAACGUCUAUAUCCGUGACCCGAAGGUCUACGUGCAUCGCGUCGCCUUAAUAAGAUCGAGAGAGACGGAGCGAGAGACGAAUCUCUCUCGAAACGAUCUCCGUCCAAUAUUUUCAACGGACGAUCGGGAAUAGUCGUGAAUCAAAUCGCCGGUUAAUCCGACCGUAAUUACGGGUAAAUUCAAUCCGCGUAUAUUAAUAGCCGUGCCGCGCCGAUGCGUCGCGUAAGUUAUCGGCCGACUGCUGCCGGGGACAGGGCUGAAUUUGGUGACCCGAUAUCACGUCGUCCGGUGCGCGAUAUUGGCAGGAUAGCCGCACUUCGGAAUCUCAGAACGAGAGAAACAAUAGUCGACGAAUUGCGUUAUCUGUAACGCUGCCGAUCCCUUUGAAUGACAUUUCAUCAAUAAAAGAAGAGACGCGCGUGCCCUCUCUUCGCGCCGAGAAUCCAUGCCGUCUUCGAGAUACGUCCAAGACGUAAUAUCCUCCGACACAUAUCCUUUUCGCAAAAACGGUCUUUCGUAAAAUAAAAUCUACGCGACGUAGGUGGUGCACGUGAGCCGAGAAUAGGAAGAAGAGAUAGUCGGAGAACGUACAACCCAGACGCGUAGAAAACAAUCGUGCACGCGCGCGAGCAAAAGCGACAAUAAUGACGACACUAAGAGAUAAGUGCGGAACCCCGACAAUAAAUAUAUGAGACUGAUAUCGCCCGUGGAAACGAAAAGGAUAACGCUCUCAUCCAUGCAGAAAAGAGACAGCCAAUUAACGACUGCGCGCGCGAAUUAUUCUCCUCUUGCCCCUCUUCCGCAUCACCCGCGUGGACAAAACGUCUUCAUAUCUUCCCGCGAAGAGAAUACUUUGAAGAUAUCACGAAAGUAUCGACUGGCUAGCUUCGAACGAAGCGAAGAGAACAUGGAAAUCGCGAGCAUUGACUUUGCGAGCAUCUCCGAGACGUCGUGCGCGAGUUCCUAAACGAGGGGGAAAGAAAAUAGCUGGCGAAGAAACGUAAAGAGAUGUCACUGAAUCACAGAUAUUACGUGACAACGAUACCGGACGAGGGCGAGGAUAAUUUCAAAAUGCCCAGGGCUUCCGUCGUACACAUGGCAUCGACGGCGACGAGACCGCAGCACAUGUCACAGGUACUGGCGACUCUGGCAUUAUCUAUGGGAACUCUUUCCUCCGGUUUGGCCAAGGGUUAUACGUCGCCAGCGUUGGACUCGAUUUUGGAUAAUCAACGACCGCAUCUUUAUCGAUCAUCCAACAAUGACACGUGGUCGGUUCUCUCGGUUACGCAACAGGAAGCCUCGUGGGUCGCGUCGCUGUCGAUGCUGGGCGCCUGGUUCGGCGCUAUGAUAGGCGACUGGAUAAUGCGGCGAGGUCGACGUUUGGCCCUACGCGCUACAUCCCUGCCCUUGGCGGCGGCCUGGAUCCUGACGGGCGUCGCACCGUGCGUGGAAUUGGUGUACGUCACGAGUUUUAUCGGCGGUCUUUGCUGCUCGGUCAUCACCAUGGUGGCUCAGGUGUACAUAUCGGAAAUCUCGAUGCCCGGCAUCCGCGGCUGUUUGUCGGCGAUGUUGAAGGUGCUGGGUCACGUCGGCGUCCUGCUGUCGUACAUAGCCGGUACAUAUCUGAAUUGGCGGCAAAGCGCCCUACUGGUCGCCGUCGCGCCGUCGAUGCUCUUUUUGGGGACCCUCUUUAUACCCGAGACACCGUCGUACCUCGUGCUGAACGGCAAAGACGAUGAGGCCGCGCACAGUUUGCAGUGGCUGCGCGGGGAACACGUCGAUAUACGGCACGAGCUGCAGGUAAUAAAAACGAACAUUCUGGCUUCGAGGGCGAAGCAGUACGAGCUGAGUUUCAAGAACAGCGUGUUUACGCCGAGGCUAUACAAACCCAUCGCUAUCACGUGCGGUUUGAUGUUUUUCCAGCGAUUCUCCGGCGCGAAUGCAUUUAAUUACUACGCGGUAAUCAUCUUUCGUCAGACUCUGGGCGGAAUGAAUCCUCACGGAGCGACCAUAGCGAUCGGAUUUGUACAGCUAUUAGCCGCUUUAUUGUCAGGAUUUUUGAUCGACAUCGUCGGCAGGCUGCCGCUUCUGAUAGCCAGCACUGUUUUCAUGUCCCUGGCGCUCGCCGGUUUCGGCAGCUACGCGUAUUACGUGUCGAAAACGCCGAAUCUGGGAUACGUGGACUCGGCUGUGGUCGGCCAACAUGACUGGAUACCGCUGCUCUGCGUCCUCGUAUUUACGACCGCCCUUGCCCUGGGCAUAUCGCCAAUUUCUUGGCUAUUGAUUGGCGAACUAUUUCCCUUGGAGUACCGCGGCCUCGGUUCCAGCAUUAGCACGAGUUUCAGCUACUUCUGCGCGUUUUUCGGGAUCAAGCUCUUCAUGGACUUUCAGCAGAGCCUCGGUCUACACGGAGCCUUUUGGUUUUACGCCGGCGUGGCCAUCUGCGGACUGUGCUUCGUAGUCUGCUGCGUGCCCGAGACGAAGGGUAAGCAGCUGGACGAGAUGAAUCCGGAUUACGCGCAAGCACGGUAGUAUAAGGCUUCGUUGACGGGGGGCCUCUCGAAUCUGGAGAAGGCGAACAAGCCUUUACCGGGGGGCGCUUAUCCGAACGAGCACGAUCCGCGCGAUCUCUACCGCGACGAUCGAGCGCCAAUCGCGACUACCACCGCCGGCAUCGCGAUGCCGUCCGCGCGUACCGCGCAUCGCAAGCUGUCGGAUUACUGCGGCAUCUUCGCCGAGAAGACCAACAGAAUCGGCAGGAAUGUGGGAAGCUUCAUACAAUCCCGCGGUCUCUUACCGAUUCGUCGCUCCGUCGACGAGACUGCGACGCGUCGCGACGCUCCCGUGAUGGCCAACGGCGACGUCAGAAUCAGAAGCGACCCUCCGAUUCCGCGAAUCGAUCGCGAGACGAGGGAGAAUCGUCGUCGACGUGACGAGGUUACGAGCGAUUACGAGCGAGACACGAGCGCGCCGAGAAAACGCGUAGCUUACUCGAAUAGCACUUAUCCAAGAGACGUGCGAACCAACGCGAGUUACGUCCAUCGUGCCAAUGAGACGGAACCUCGUCGCUCUAGGAGGCGCGAGUACACGGAGGCGAAUUACAGCGCGGCGGACGAGGUCUGGGGGCAAAGGGGCACGACAACGAGGGGGGAUCCGAGCGUCUCUAAACCGAUUCUGAGAAACGGCAUCAAUCACGGCGGAGACGAAAGGCCGUACUACUCGACCUUACCGCGACGCAGCAGGACCAUCAACUUCAAGGAUCAAGCUCGCGACUCCCCGGUGGGACGGCAACGCGCGUAUCCCAAGAGUCUGCAGGAUUUAACGGAUUUGGAGCUCGACGACAUCACGUAUCUCCCCCCGUCCUGCCGCGGAGGAAGCCGUCGACAGGAGGAGGGACCCGACGACGAUUACCGUCGACGCGCUCGGGAUCGUGGGGAGGAAGACGAGAUCGCUUUCGACGACGAUUAUCUCAGACUCUGCCGGAACUUGUCGAGAUUGGACGGAUAUCCGCGCGGCGGUAGAUACGAACCGGGCCAGGUGCACUACGAGAGGGAAUGCAGGACUUUCGGCAAGGAUACGGUCGCCUUCAUCUACUACAAGACGUGCUACUUAUGAUCGAAAGAGAAACGCGAUGCGAACGAGCGAUCGAGAGCUCUCUCGUCGAUAGGCCGUCCAACGAUAACACGCAUGGUUCACGAUCUCACGCAGAAAUACCGUACGGUCGGUCAAAUCUUUCUUUUCGGACGUAUUUUACGAGUGGCGAAUACGUUUUCCAUUCGAUAAAUCGGGCUGGAUUUUCGUGAAACACGGAAUAAAUUAAAGAAUCUAUUGGCAAUAGAUAAAACGUACUAUAAAAAAUCUCUUCCUUGUCAAAUUCAUAUCUUCUUGAUGAUAACAUAUCUAUAAAUCGCGAUAUAAAACAGAUACUCGUGGAGAAAAAAAAAGAUCUAUAUCUAUAUAGAGAGAGAGAAAAAUUGAUCAAAUAACCGAGUCACAAAUUGCCUUCGUGUCUGGCUUUAAUAAAUAAAUCAUUUCUCGACUGAUAAUAAAGUUAUAUCAUCGAGCUUUAUAUACGUAUAUAUAAUCGUUGCUCCUAUAUAUAACUUCUCUGAAAAAAAGCGUGAUAUCUUUAGAAAAUAUACUACACAGAGAGAGAGAGAGAGAGAGAGAGUUAGAUUAAUCUUUUUUUUCUACGCGUUAUAUAAAUUGUUGUUCCAAAAUAUCUUACUUAGCAUUCUAUAUCUCCUCGAAAUAUUCUUAAAUUUUAAAUGGCAAUUUUAAGAAACUAAUAAACACGGUACGACAAAAAAUAUUUGUGUAUACUAACGUUAGAUUAAUCACAUAUAAAAUCGCAACGCGUCCUUUAUAUGUAUAUUAUUUAUUUUAUGUUAUUUUUCAGAAGUAUUACAGUUUUCUUUUUCUUCUCAUCGGUAAAUUAUAUCGGUUUCUUCGGUUUCCUAAUAAGUUUCCGAUAAAUAUUCGCGAAGCUCAUUCAAGUCAAGAAGCAACAUCUUCAUACUCUUCGCUAAAGCACGGUAUAUUAUAUCUUACGCGAAGAAAAAUAUGUGCAUAUAUUGUAUAUAAAGCGAGUAAACGAUAUUAACAGAGUCGUUAGAAUAUAGGAUCGAUAGACUGUUCGUAGACUGCCAAGCUGAUCUUACUGCAAAGUAAUCAAUAUGUAAUGAUUUUACGAUGAUUUCCGCUAUUACGUUUUCAGGCUAUUAAUGCCGCUCGCACACAUAUUGCUUUCGAGGAAUAUCGCGCGUGAUGAGUCUCGAAAGAAGAAAAAAUUAUUAACGCCGAAGAUGAUGUUUACACAGUCAUGAUACUGUGUUACGGUAUAUUAUUGAUAAAGGCGCAAUAGUAUAUCUUUUGCGUACGAAAGUAGAAUCUUUCGUUAAAAGCAGAUUAUUCCGGGGCCUCCUCGUAGUACAGGCGCCAAUGACUUAACUAUGACAAUAUCGAUUUGUAGAUAUACAUAUAUACUAUGUCUACAUAUAUACUAUGUUUCGUAUAAGAUGCGUAUAUAUUGAUUAUUAUAUAUAUAUUAUAUACAUAUGAGACUCUCUAUCGUAUUCGUGGUAUUUAUCGCCGCGCUAACUGCGACGAUGCAGAUAAACAAAUUCUCGACAAUAACACAAUUUGCCAAUUUCGCGAAACCGCUAGAGCGAGAGAAAUUUGGUACUAUUAGUUUAUUAAGAGAUCGUAUAUACAUAUAUAUGUACUUUGUAACAUUUGAAAGCAGAUUAUACUAAAUAUUCACAGAUACGAGGGCGAAUCCCUCCUGUAUCUGUAUAACUGAUAUUCAUUAUUUCUCAAAGUCUUCUGCUUUCGACCAUUUCCUGCAUUUCUCUAAAAUGCAGCCAUUCGUACACUUGAAUGGCGAAGUCGCGAUUAGACAAAAGUCUCCGUAAUAACGUAUUUUGUAUUUUUAUAUAGUUUGUAGAACGAGAUUCAGAGCGAGAGAGAAAAAGGGAGCGAGAGAACGAUAUAUAUAUAUAUAUAUAUAUAUAUAUAUAUAUAUUCACGGCGAAGCAUUUGAUAAAAAAUUGAGACUACAUACUUUGCGGAUAACAGUUUGCAUCUAUGAUGGAGUGAUAAUUCUCGCGGAAAAAGGAUUUCUCUUGGAAAUAUCUUUGACGCUAAAAAUGUGACGUUAAGAAAAUUCCAAAUGCAUUAUGACGAAUUGAAUUUGACGGGCCGAAACGUAUGACAUAAAAAGGAAAUGUUUCUUCGCGACGAACGCAAAGCGGAACUUCUUUCACAUAUGUAAUUAUUAACUAUACCCGUGAGUCAUAUCCCUGCCAUAUAUCCAAUAUUAUAACGAAGUGUAUGAAAGUCUCGGAAAGCGCAUUAAGGAUCCCCUGUACUUAAAAUAUUUCCGCCUGUUUUUUGUAGACAGUGAUCGAUCGAUGCGGGGGAGGAAGAAUUUGCGUUUGCGCGAACUAUCGAUUCGUAAAGUACAUUCCACUUUUUAUACACGCACGACGCGAGAGAAAUAUAUACAUAUAUACGUGAUAGGCGAGAGAAAUAAUAUUACUAGCGUCGAAAUAUUGUAUAAAUUCGGAGGGCAACAUAUCAUUUAAAGAGAAUAAUAUCUUAAUACGAUCGUUAUCGUACAUUACUGUCUACAAGAACAAAACACAUAUUAUCUUCCCAAACAUAAAUAUCUAACUCUAUGUUACAUAGAGUGUUCUGAAUAAAAAAGAAAAAAAAUAUAUAUACCAGUGUUAAUGAAAUUAAAGUAUUUUAUUGCAAAAAAAUAUUGUUUUUAAUAUACUAUAUAUAUAUAUAUAUAUAUUAUUUUUUUAUAUAAAUAUUAAAUUUUCUAAUCACACAAAUCACAUAUUUUAUAGAGAAUACAAUUUCGUUAUAUAUAAUUUCUUACACUUUGAAAAUUCAAUCUGCUGAAUUCAACAUUAAUAUUUAAGAAAUUCAUCAAAAUAAGAUCUUAUUAACAUUUAAAAAUAUCCCAAUUAAAAGAUGAUAUUUUAGUGGUAUAUAUAUUUUCAAAACACACCGUAUACUCUUUACGAUGCUCAAGGGCUUGGAUACAGUAUUGGGUAACUGUUUAGCCUGUAAUUAGUUUUAACGUGCGAGGCAACACGCUCGUGAAACGAGUCCGUGUACGUAGGAUAAACAAUUAACUUCCAGAUUUUACGUAGGCUGUAAAGAUUCUCGAUCGCGAUGAAAUUAUCUCUCGUUCUUAGUAUAUACCGCGCCGAAUAAGCGAGCUUUACUCUUUGCCGAAUGGCAUAAUGAAUAUAUUUGCGACCACACAUUGCGUCAGAUCUUCCAUGUAAACGAAAAGAAAAAGAAGAAAAAAAAAAAAAAAAGAUAUUUCCCCUCUCCUCUUUCCUCCCCCCGUAGAUACAUUAUAAAUUGCGUAAAAAGAAAAAAAAUCUGCACUGUGCACUUUCGUGAAUUGAAAAUUUGUCGUAAAAUACGGCGUAGCGGUAAAUGUGGAAUUUUCAGAGAUUUCGCAUUACUGCACGCGUUUAGUCUUCACGAUAAACCCGAUAAAUUGAUAUAUUUGUAUCGUAUACGCGAGUGUGUACGUGUACAUGUCUUGGGCGUAGUACAAUCGUGUGUGAUUGUGCGUGUAAUUGUACGAAAUAAUGCGAACGAGUUUGACAACCGCUUUUAGAUACCGCUGCGCGAAAUACUUUAUUCCUUUACACGAGAAAAAUGUCAAGGGAUCGAUAUUGAAAAAUAUUAAUCCGCAUUAGAGUGAAUUAAAAACGCAUACUUGGCACGUUACAAUCACAUUACGAGUAAAAUAGGAAUUAAAUCUAGAAAAAGAAUCAAAAUAUGUUACACGAGCGAUAUAUCAUACCCGGGCAUGAGAGAAAAUGAGUUUUUCGUCUGGAAAGAAAACCGUAUAAUUUACGUAUAAUUCUACUUAAUGACAAUAAAGCCACUAUAUGCAAUUUUACUGACAAUAAAUAAUAUUCAAAUGAAAUUUAUAGCGCUGGCCGUUGCUAAGGAGAUGAUUAUAAAUCUAUAUAUGUCAUGUUAUGUAUCAUCACGGAUAAUAAAAUUAUGAGAAACGUAUUUUCAAUGAAAAGAAAAAAAGAGAAUGGAAAAUACAAGAAUACAAAUCAAUAAAUAUUACACCAACUUUGUCUGUAAUGACGUUUAGCUUCGCUUGAUAGAUUUAAUAUUUUUGUAAUGAUGCCUAUAGAUAUAGUUGUAUUUGUAUCUUCGUAGAGUUAAUACUUAUACUUUACUCUGCGUCUCUACACGCAAUGCGAUGCGGAAAUAAUGCGGAAUAAGUUGCGACGGAGCGUUUUAAUAUUAGAAUUAUUUCUGUGCGAAAUAAUAAUAAGACUGUUCGUCGAUAUCUCGAGAAUAUACACGCGCCAUUCUAUCUGCGAAUAGAAGAUUUUAACGGACGAAUACUUUUACAAAUAUUUUUCUUCUUUCGCGAUAAUUCCCAAGAACACCAAGACGAUUUUGUUAAUUCAAUUAAUUUUAAGACCGGUCAUUAUAUUCGUUAAUUAAAGUAAUACCAGUAGCACAAAUCUGUCAAUGCGACGAUAGCGGACUUGCUUUAGAAGAAAUAUGCAUUCAAGAUUCUCUGGUGCAAUAUAUAUAUAUAUAUAUAUAUUUACGUUACGUAUAAGUAUGUACUUAAGUAAUUUUAUUAGCGUCCGCGUUUAUAUAUACACCUCUCUCUAGAAAUAACGAAAAAUAUAUUGGAUGUACAUACAUGAUCGCUAAUGACACUUUUUCGGCGGAACUGACAAGUGUUUGUAUAUAGAGAUCUAUAUACACAUGUAUAAACGCCAAAAAAAAAAAAA